GAGAGAGAGAGAGAGAAAGAGAGAGAAAGAGAGAGAGAGAGAGAGAGAGAGAGAGAGAAACACAGAUGUGAAUCAGUGCAUCUGCUUUACACACCUGUUUUCCUGACACCCUUUUUCCCUGGUAUUUCCCAAACCCAGCCGGGCGAGGGGUAGGGCUGCACGAUUAUGGAAAAAAAUCAUAAUCGUGAUUAUUUGGGUCAAAAUCAUAAUCACAAUUAUUGAUCAUGAUUAUUGAUUUUUGCUGAUUUAAAAAUAUAUAUGUAACAAAAUGAAAUAUAACCAAAAAUGAAUUAUACACAGGAUGAGCAAAAAAUGAUUUGUAAUAAUUAUGUAAAAGGCAAUAGCAUGAAACUUAAGUGAACAGAUUUCUGGCCAGGAACACCAGCCUGUCAGUAUGUUCUGGCUACCAGGAGGCUCUCGAAGGUAGGUCACUAUUGCCACGAUUAAAUCCCAAUUGAAAUCACGAUUUCGAUAUCACGAUUAUAUCACGAUUUUCGAUUAUUUACGAUUUAUUGUGCAGCCCUAGUGAGGGGGAUGGAUGGCAUGCAAGCAGCUGCUGUUUGUUUUCCCUCUUGCCCCCCUGAAUUCCCACUCCCAUUUCUAGAGCGUCAAGGCUAUAGAGUUAUGGAGUAAGGAGAGCGGAGUAGAGCAGGAGCUAAUGGAAGUGAAGUGCGCUGAGUGUUUACCGUAGGAGCCCGAUGCUGAUAGGCGGGAGGGGAGGGCAGAGGCUGGCUGUGGCUGGGGAUUCCUGCUGGGGCUGUUUGAUGGGAGUGCAGUUGCUAUGGCGUUGGUUCCCAGGGGAGGAGAGGAGGCGAGAGGAGGCUGAGGCUUGUAACAAAAUCUGCCAACUCAUCCGGCACCUGUGGCAUAUCUCCAUCUCCAUCGCCAUCGCUCUCUCUCUCUCUUGCUCUCUCUCUCUCUUGCUCUCUCUCUCGCUCUCUCGCCCUCUCCUCCUCAAUCUUUUCCUCGAUCGGUCUCUCUCUCUCCCACUCUCUCUCUCCCACUCUCUCUGUCUCUGUCUCUUCCUUCACUAAUGCUUUAUCUCUUCUGCUUCUUUCUCUUCCUCUCCUUCUCUGUUUUUCUUCCUUCUGAAUCCUUUCCACCAUGGACAGCUUUCCAUCAUGUUGCUGAAGACAUGGAGUGCCUAUUGAGCCAAAUGGUGCUCCACAGAACUUGUGUGAGGAUUGGUGGUGCACCUGUCUUCUGCUGUUGCUUCCUGCAGCACGUCUCAAUUUUUUAGGUCUAUAUUUAUACUGUUGUCUUUUUUUUUUCGUCGGGAGUUUGAAAUUGUAUGUGUGUGGGAGAUCCUGCAGUAUCUCAGAUUCCGCAGCACUGUAGUAGGAUUAUCGAAAGAAGGUGCUACUACUACACACACGAGAAUGAAAUCAUCAGCAUCACCUCAACUGGACUUUUCUGAAAAUUGCCUUGUGAUCUUUUGAACUUGGAUGAUUUUGCUGCUGUACUUUGAAGGGCUUUUUUAUAUUGGGAGCUGUAAUCAAACAGAGCUUGGGGGUUUACACCACUAGGCAUCUGUUUCUGUCUUCCCUAAGAUGCCAGGGACCAGAAGAUUAUGGGCAUUAUGGUGGCUUGACAAAGGACUAACUCGGGGAUUGUAAACACAUCCCUUGAUUGCUUCCUGGUUCUGUCCUGAUGUCUAUCUCUGGAAUCUCUCUCUUGCCUUUUUUUUACGUAAGGACGGAGGGACUCUUUUUUUUACUCUUCCUGUUUUCUCUGAGAAGGAUUUGUGUAAACCCAGAAGUCUGAAGCUGAUCGUGUCAGUGGGAGAGAGAGUUUAAUCUUCCAGCUCCAAAGGAUUCAUGAAACAGAAGGGAACUGGCCAUCUGCGUAGCUCAUGCGUGUGGGAGUGUGUGUACGUGCGUAUGCGUGUGGGUGUGUGGUGUGUCUGUGCGGUGUGUGUGUGAUGUGGUGUGUGUUUGUAUAUCAAGUGUCUGCAAGUACAAGUCUUGAGCUAGAACAGUCUGUUAAGUGAGCAGUGAGUGAAAAAAACAACACUAGAAAUGUUGAGUGCCGAGCCCCUCCAAAGGCAGAAUAACCGAAAGCUCUCUUCCCCCAAACACUGUCAGGAAAUGCCCUCCGCCUAUUACCAUCUUGUCAUCUAGUCUUCUGCCUAUCCCUUCCAGCCCUCUGCUUAACUGCAUCAAGGGGGUGUGUGUGAACGAGCGCGCGACUGCGAUUUGUGUGUCUGUGUGUCCUUCCUCGCAUGUGGGCAGUGCGAACGUGGCCAUGAAUUACAUAUUUGGUGGCAACACCCUGUACCCCAGGGGCAAUCGCGGCAGCAGCUCCACUUCGGGUCACGGCCCCAUACCAAAGCCAAGGUUGUCAUCGGUGCGGAGCUGCUCCGAGGAGCCUCCAGAUCCUCACCAGUCGCGUUGGCACCGGGUGCAGGUCCUCCUCUCACGUCUACGGAUGUUCACAGACUGCAUCUCGGCCGGGGCAGCGCAGCAGACAGAUGCUGUUGCUGUCCCUCCACCAUCACCACCACCACCACCACCACCCUCCUCCUCUGUUCCUAUAAUCCCUGUGAUCCCAAUCUCGCCCGUCCCUGCGGAGCCCGCCGCUGCCAUCUCUCCACCGACGUCACCACAGGCAAAUCCACCCCCUGUCGUGGUGAACACCGAAAGCCUGGACUCGGCUCCAUACGUGAAUGGAACAGAGGCUGAUUAUGAAUAUGAGGAGAUCACAUUGGAGCGGGGCAACUCAGGCCUGGGCUUUAGCAUCGCCGGGGGAACGGAUAACCCCCAUAUUGGCGAUGACCCCAGUAUCUUCAUCACCAAAGUGAUCCCAGGGGGGGCUGCGGCUCAGGACGGCAGACUGCGGGUGAACGAUGUGAUCCUGCGGGUGAACGAGGUGGAGGUGCGCGACGUGACGCACAGCAAGGCUGUGGAGGCAUUGAAGGAGGCCGGCUCGCUGGUACGGCUCUACGUGCGCCGGAGAAAGUCAGGCAACGACCGGGUGAUGGAGAUCAAGCUGGUCAAAGGACCCAAAGGGCUUGGCUUCAGUAUAGCAGGAGGCCUAGGCAAUCAGCACAUCCCGGGGGACAACAGCAUCUAUGUCACCAAGAUCAUCGAAGGAGGCGCUGCACACAAAGAUGGCAGACUACAAAUAGGAGACAAGCUACUGGCUGUGAAUACUUCCUGUUUAGAGGAUGUGACCCAUGAGAAUGCCGUGACUGCCUUGAAAAACACCACAGAUGUGGUCUACUUGAAAGUGGCAAAACCCAACAGUGUCUUCAUGAACGACAGCUUCGCCCCGCCUGACAUAACCAACUCCUACUCCACACACAUGGAGAACCAUAUCACUUCCCCCAGCUACCUGGGACAACCCAUGCCUCCCAUCGCCAGUGGCCGUUACUCCCCCACGCCCAAGCCCAUGCUGGGGGAUGACGACAUUAGCAGGGAACCUCGUAAGGUGGUGCUGCACCGGGGCUCCACGGGCCUGGGCUUCAACAUCGUGGGCGGCGAGGACGGGGAGGGCAUCUUCAUCUCCUUCAUCCUGGCCGGAGGCCCCGCAGAUCUCUGCGGAGAGCUAAGGAAAGGAGAUCGCCUGGUGUCUGUAAAUGGGGUAGACCUGCGCAAUGCAACGCACGAGCAGGCGGCAGCAGCACUAAAGAACGCCGGGCAGACGGUGACCAUCGUGGCCCACUACAGACCAGAGGAGUACAGCCGGUUUGAGGCUAAGAUCCACGACCUGCGGGAGCAAAUGAUGAACAGCAGCAUCAGUUCGGGCUCGGGGUCGCUGCGCACCAGCCAGAAGAGAUCGCUCUACGUCAGAGCACUAUUUGACUACGACAAAACUAAGGACUCUGGGCUGCCCAGCCAGGGCCUGAACUUCAAGUUCGGGGACAUUCUGCACGUGGUGAACGCAUCAGAUGAUGAGUGGUGGCAAGCCAGACAGGUGACGGCUGAUGGGGAAGUGGAGGAGCUGGGAGUCAUUCCUAGCAAGAGAAGGGUGGAGAAGAAGGAGAGAGCGCGGUUAAAGACGGUCAAGUUUAACGCCAAGUCACGAGACAAAGGGCAGUCAAUCAAUGACAAGCGUAAAAAGAACCUCUUUUCCCGAAAGUUCCCUUUCUACAAGAACAAGGAGGCGAGUGAGCUGGAAACCAGCGAUGUGGACCAGCAUGUCACUUCUAAUGCCAGCGAUAGUGAAAGUAGUUACCGUGGCCUGGAGGAGUACGUGCUGUCGUAUGAGCCAGUCAGCCAACAGGAAGUGAACUACACCCGUCCAGUGAUUAUUCUGGGCCCAAUGAAAGACCGUGUUAAUGAUGACCUGAUAUCAGAGUUUCCAGACAAGUUUGGCUCAUGUGUGCCCCAUACAACCCGACCAAAGCGAGACUAUGAGGUGGACGGCCGAGAUUACCACUUCGUCAUCUCCAGAGAGCAAAUGGAGAAGGACAUCCAGGACCACAAGUUCAUCGAGGCGGGCCAGUACAACAACCACUUGUAUGGCACGAGCGUGCAGUCCGUCAGAGAGGUGGCCGAGAAGGGCAAACACUGCAUCCUAGACGUGUCGGGCAAUGCCAUCAAGAGACUGCAAGUGGCGGUGCUCUAUCCCAUCGCCAUCUUCAUCAAACCAAAAUCUGUAGAAAACAUCAUGGAGAUGAAUAAGCGGUUAACUGAGGAGCAGGGCAGGAAGACGUUCGAUAGAGCCACGAAACUGGAGCAGGAGUUCACCGAACACUUCACAGCAAUUGUCCAAGGUGACACACUGGAGGAGAUUUACGAUCAAGUGAAGCAGAUCAUCGAGGAGCAGUCUGGGCCAUACAUAUGGGUACAGUCCAAGGAGAAGCUAUGAGCGGGGGCAGCACGACACCACCCUUUCCUCCUCCCCCAGAGCUUAAAUCUUUUUGCUUAAUUUAUUGAUCAUUUUCUGUUUGAACUGGUCUGCACGCAACAUCCAAAACGCCUUGCCUUUCCUUUCCUCCCCCCACCUGACAAGCCUCCCUCCCCGUGACACACGACGGCCCUCUCUUGCUCUUCUUUGAGAUGGCGUUGAGCCUGAGCUCAUCUCUACUCCGCGCGGCCCUGACGCCACACUAGGUGUGUCUCCAGAGGGCCCUGUGGUACUACAUGAUCUCUGCUUCUGGUUUGAAGAGAGGAUGGAUGGGGGGAGAGGACAUGCAGACCAGCGGUGACGAGAGAGAGGGCGCUUUUUUUUGUUUUCUUCUUCGAACGGUACAGUUCCUUAAUGUUUAAGGGCGGUCACUUUCUAGGAAAAUAAAUGGUCAAUCAGAAUAAGGAAAAUUCAUAAGGAUAGGAAAGAAAUUACCAUUUAUUUUUUUUCUUUCUUUCUUUCUUUUUUUAAUGAUGAAUGGAAGUCUCAGGCAUUGGGUCAUACAGAAUAGAGGUUUGAAACUAAAAACACCACACACAGACACACACAUGCAUACACCUUCAGAAACACACAAAGCAAAACUUUGCACGUUAUAGCUUUAAGAGCAUGUCUGUUUGCCCUUUUGAUCUUUGUUGUAUGUUUUACCAUCGUAACCCCAUGAUUUUCAGCACAUUUACCAGUUGUGUUUUUUUUUUCUUUAUAACACUUGUAUUCACAUACUCAUCUUCGCUCCUUAUAAAGGUAUCUGUAUAAGGAAGCGAUUGUUUGUUUUUUUUUUUUUCUGUUUUUUGCAUACUACUGUACAGUGGUAACAGGUACAGCGUAUGUUAGAAUGUUUCUCAGUUGUUUUUUUUUUCUAAAGCUAUGAUCAGUGUCUUACAUUACUCUAUACUUACAUCAAUACUUUUUGUUCAAGUUACAUUAGGAACAUAAUACAUCUACAUAAGUAAGGAACUGCCAUUUUUGAAAAAGGUGUCCCAAGUUUCAUGGGCGGAUAGUUCUAGUACAUUAAAGAAUUUAUUGUACAAUGAGAUUUUAACAGAUAUUUAGCCCUCCAUAAACUGCCUAUUUUGUUAUAAUGAAAGUCUAUAUUGAGAUUUACGUAAGCACUACUACGAUGGGAAUUAUUUUCUCUACAUUGUAAAACCUAUAAUCAUUGAAAAAUAAUUAAAUAUCUUUAAAUAUGAAUAUAUUUUUUUCCUUUUACCACCUUCUUUUUUGUCAUUUAUUUCCCCUCUUUUUAAGUGUACUAAAACAAACAGGAAAAUAAAAAAAAGUAGGAAGGUCCUGUUUGAAAGCAUGUCUUGGAGACUCGUGGUACAGUCACAUAGUUUUGGGUAGAAAGCAGUCCCACCUAGCGCUACUCUGGCAGCUAGUUCUCCUUCUCCUCUCUGCCUCUAUCUCAGCUCCUGUGAAUCACCCACGCUACAGCUAAAUGUUCUUUCCUUGUGCAAGAAGGCAAAUGAAAUGCAAGAUUUUUUUCCUGUUCGCACACCUACCCAUUGCAAACCAUCUUUAUAUAAGGGCGAGUUCCAGUAUUGGAACAUGUUUUCUUUUGUUUUGUUUUUUCUGAAAGGCUGUUAUUUCCUGUGGUGUCAGGUGGGUGCUGGUCUUCAUGUAAGCUGGAAGUUCAAAGACAUUUUUGUUUAUUUUCUUCCUUGUAUUUUUUUUCUUCCUCUAUUGUUUUAUAAACCGUCCAGCGGAGGAAGCCCUGUCAGGUCUUUUCAGAGAUGAUUGUUUUCUACACUAAGACUGCCUCUUCUACCACCUCACCUCCACUUUCUAGGGACACUUUGGGACUGGAACAUGUAAAUAACCUACUGAUCUAAUUCAUUCCAUUGAUCAAAAAGAGGAGAACGGCUAAUUCAACAAAUAAAAAAAUCUUUCUCAUACA